ACGCGGCUGUUGGCAAACGUCAACACCCUUGUGAGUCCGCCAUUUUGUUUAAAAUACUAUUCGGUCGGUAUUAACGGAGUUUGUUCAAUGGCUUAUAUGAUACCGACAGCGACCAUGUAAGAAAUAUUUAGUUCACGUUGUUUUAAAGACAGGAAUUUGUUUUCGUGGAAACGCUGGAUGAAGAAAAUGGAGAAUUUGAAUUUUAAAAGAUUCAGACAUCUAGCUGAUUGUUGGGUCGGUGUCUGACGUCGUAGAAGUUUUCAACACACAGGCGGACGGACGGGCGGACGGACGAACAAACGGACUUACGGAGGUCGCGAUGUUCGACACCCUGGAUGUCUGGGAGAGACUGGCCAUCAUCGGCGGUGUAGCCGUGUUCAUGGCUAUUGUCAUAAUCAUCGUGGCAUGCGUCGUGUGCCCCCUCGGAUGUCUGUACCCAUACUGCUUUGGGGCUAAAGAUACCAACGAAGAAAAAAACGCCGUCCCUCUCAACUAUUACGGUUCAACGAUUGGUCAGCCGUACCAGUUGCAGCCAAUGGCCGACCAGUCACGUAGUUUCUGGAACGUAUCAUCGCCAAGCGGAAAAGACACGGACACUUCUGAUUGGUCAGAUGCAGACAUCAUAGAAAUGAAACAGGACCGAUCUAAGCGGGAUGGUGUGCGGUCGUCGUCCAGUUCCCCCGAAGCACCGUCUUCGCCGACGCUGUACAUCUACCAGGAAGCUCGACUGGCCUUCGGUCUCAUGUACGAUCGGGUGGACGGAAAACUCAACAUCAGGGUCGUCAAGCUGACCAACUUCUCCGCGACGGAACCACACGGCGCCAUGACGCCCUACGUCAAAGUCAGGCUCUACCACACGCCGAAACACUUCUUCACUUUCCGCGGGAAACCUGGGCGAGAGCAGCUCAUCAAUAAUCUCGAUGUGGAGUUCCAGACGAAAAUACUGCGGCGGUGUGACGACCCAGUCUUUAACGAGUUAUUCAUCGUGACAAUUGACGUGAACGACAUCGCCGCCUACACCAUCAAACUGCUCGUCUGCGAUUUCGAUAAAUAUUCCCGCCAUAUUGUGGUAGGGGAGAUAACCGUGUCAUUGGCGGAUGUAGAGUGGUUGACGGAAACGGAAGUUGAAUUUGACGAACAACUCCAACCACCACUAGACGAAAAUCUAGGAGAAGUGCUAGUCGCACUAAUGUACUUACCCACGGCGGAGAAACUUAGCCUGACAGUGGUGAAGGCACACGGACUAAAAGUCAUGGAGAACAAGAAAGGGACGGCAGACACUGUCAUAAAAACUGCCCUCAUGUUGGACGGCAGGGUAACUAAACGCGCCAAGACCUCUGUCUGGCCCGGGGACGUGAAUCCCGUGUUUAACGACACUACGACGUUCGAUGUCCCACACUCCCAACUCGACAAGGUCUACUUCAGCAUCACAGUCCUGCACCAAGAGAAGAGCAGCUCCGGGCAGAAGGAUUCCAGGAGGCUGAUUGGUCGGCUGUACUUGGGGCUCAACUUCGACGCCGAUGCGCACGCGCAGUGGAGGGAGAUGAUGAAUAAUCCGAGAAAGCAGGUGACGUGCUGGCACAGAAUACAGAGUUAGGAAUUUUGGUUGAUUUUACGUCACGUGACGUUUAGAUUACGUGAUUUUAAAAAAUAGCCUACAUUGCGGCCAUUUCGUUACAAGGGAGAUUUUUUUUCUUUUUUAAUGUAUGUAUGUUUUGGUUGAAUUUUUCUAUUGUUUUACUGCUGGUUCAGUUUUGUUCCGUGAAAAAAAAACAAAGACCCUACAAAAAAACAUUAGUUCUAGGUGUGCAGAAACUUUUGCCAGAUUUUCUAUUAAAGUUAAAAAAAAUUAGAAACCCAAAAUUAUUUUACAAUAAAAUAUCAAUUAUUACAUGCAAUUAUUUUGUUAAACAGCCCCA